ACCGCAGCGAGAGACAAGGCAUCCACGCUUCACCUAGUUCACGUCGUUCAACGUUGCAUACCACACACCAUUAUCGCUUCCAUCAACAAUAUAUGAGGUCGUUGUGACCAAAGAUUCGAUCCCUCCUUUUGGUUGUAUCCUCAUCUCACCAGAUCCUGUCCUCGCGGGUUGAAAACGUAUCGCCCUCAUCUCCGUCCCCGCGGCUUCCACAACAUCCAGGCAUACUUCAAGUUAGCACCCGAUAUCAACUUUCUCGACUCUAUCUUUCAAUAUCUACACGAUGUCGAACCCGUUAGACACAGAUGCUGGCUCUGAAUUAUUUAGCAGCUAUGAAGCUGAGCUGAAACUCGUCCAGGCGGACCUCAACCAGAAACUCGACCAGAUCGCUGAGGCUGUAGGAGAAGAAAGGAAGUCGGCCAUAAGACAGGCCGAAAGAGCGCUAGAUGAGGCCAAUGAAUUGCUCGACCAGAUGCGCAUAGAGAAGGAGAACAUCCCGUCCACAACCCGUUCAAAAGUCAACGCACGGUUCCGGAACUUCUUGAGCGACAUCGACGAAGUAAAAAGAAAGUUAAAGUCCCUCUCCGAUGAUCGUAAAGCCCUCUUCGGUGAUAGAUAUAGAGAUGAACCUAACAGUGUCAAUGAUCAACACCUUGAGCAAAGACAGCAACUCCUAGAAGGGACAGAGCGUUUGGGUCGGAGUUCAGCUCGUCUGCAGGAGAGCCAGAGGAUAGCACUGGAGACGGAAGACAUUGGUCGAAGUACACUAGCGGACCUUCAUAUUCAGCGCGAGACGAUCGAGCAUACGAGGGCUGGAUUGUUAGAAAGUGAGGGAUAUGUCGAUCGAAGUGUGAAGACGUUGAGGGGGAUGGCACGUAGGUAGUACUACCCUCUACACUAUUCCCAUCUAUGCGGAUGCGGAUGCUGAUUUUCUGACAGGAUGGCUACGAAUCGGAUAAUUACUAUUGCAAUUAUCACCGUUCUCAUUCUUCUUAUCGUUGCGGUUGUCUACAGCAAGUUUCAUUGAAUGACUCGAAUAGGUAAUAUACGGCGUUUUAGGUGAUGUUUGAUAUCCUUUUUUACAGCCAGCAUCACAACCCUUGUAUGAUUUAUUGCUUUGCAUUUUUGGCUUCCGGCAAUCAAAAUGAUUGCCUGCAUGUUGCUUUUUAUAAGAUCGCUUUUUGUAUAAACCAGCCGGGGUAUCAUAUGUAUAGUCACAUCUAAUAACGCCUCCAAAUAACAUGCCAAUCCUAACA